AUGAUGCAUUAUAUCAUCAUGCCAUAUGGCCAUUUCGAGGAUGGGGAUCAAAUUUCAUCUGGCAGACUCAUCACCCUUCUUCCAAGGGACAUCUUUAUGCCAGUGGCUAUGGCCUAUUUGGUUUCCACCUUGGGAAACGCGCCAGGGUGUAAGUGUGCAACCUUCGGAAAACGAGAUGAAAUCAAGCUCCGUCCAAACUCACAUGGUCGACGACGACUCGUCUACCCACGACAUGAAGCUGCUGAUGCCACACUUCCACAUGGCGCCAGCGGUAGCACCAAGGCACCUGCCCCGUUGGUCGACAAAACCCUGUGCUGCGCCUGCGACAUCAUCAAGCUCCUGCCGACCGGCACUGUCAUGGCCUUCCAUGCGCUGGCGCCGUCCUUCAGCAACCACGGUGUAUGCGGCACUGCCAGCCGGUACCUUACCCUCACGCUCAUCGGCGAUUGCGCUGCCUCCUGCUUGCUGCUCUCCUUCACCGACAGCCUGGUGGGCCACGACGGCCGGCUCUACUAUGGCAUGGCCACGCCGCGGGGCUUCUACCCGUUCAACUUCGACGGCACAUGCGACGAGCGGAGGCGCAGGUUCGCCAACAUCCCCAGGAUGAAGAUCAAGGCGCUGGACUUCGUGCACGCGCUCAUCUCCGCGGUCCUGUUCGUCGUCGUGGCCCUCGGCAACGCCGGCAUACAGAGCUGCCUGUUGCCGGACAUCAGGCCGGACGCCAGGGAAGUGCUCAUGAACCUUCCGGUGGGACUAGGGUUCCUGUCCAGCAUGGUGUUCAUGAUCUUCCCGACAACAAGGAAGAGCAUCGGGUACACAGACUUGAUGCCUCAUCAACAAGAAGAAGAUGGGAAACGAAGCAAUAAUAAUGCAGUAUAA